AUGAAAGAUGGGAUAGGUAGCAUAUUGAGACGAGGGGAUGAGGGAAAGCAUUGGCGCAGCCGGACCAGGUCGCAUAUAGCCCCUGAUGUGGUGGCUCCUUCUCAGCCAGUCAAGCAAGGGCAGUGGGCAAAUUUACCUCCGGAAUUGCUUUUGGACAUUAUCCGGAGGGUUGAAGAGAGCGAGACGUCUUGGCCUGCUAGAACAGUUGUUGUCUUUUGUGCUUCAGUUUGUAAAUCAUGGAGGGAUAUAACAAAGGAAAUUGUCAGGCCUCUGGAGGAAUGUGGAAGACUCACCUUUCCCAUAUCAUUAAAGCAGCCCGGCCCCCGAGAUUCUCCAAUCCAGUGCUUUAUCAAGAGGGAUAGGACAACUUCGACAUACCAUUUAUACUUUGGUCUGACACCAUCUGAGAACCAGAGUGACAAACUAUUGUUAGCUGCAAAAAAGAUCAGAAGAGCAACAAGCACCGAAUUUGUAAUAUCCCUGGUUGGGGAUGAUUUUUCACUAGCUAGCAACACAUACCUUGGAAAACUAAGGUCUAACUUUCUGGGGACCAAGUUCACCGUAUAUGACAGCCAACCUCCAAAUGAUGCUGUUGUUCAACAUAAUAGCUUACUGAGUCGAAGAUUUCACUCUAAACGAGUAUCUCCAAGAUUGCCUGCAUGUAACAAUAGUGCUGCAACUGUUUCAUAUGAACUCAAUGUUCUUCGAACAAGAGGUCCCAGGAGAAUGCAUUGCAUCAUGCAUUCAAUUCCUGUCUCUUCUAUUCAGGAGGGGGGUGCUGCCCCAACACCAACAUCAUUUUCACGAAUUAUUGAUGAGAAGUCUUCUCCCCGACUGGUCUCAAAAGGAAAGGAGACAGAAACAUAUUUCAGCUCCCCUAACCAGUCGAGUUUUGGGGAGCCACUUGUUCUUAGAAACAAAGCCCCAAGAUGGCAUGAACAGUUGCAGUGCUGGUGCCUUAAUUUUAAAGGCCGUGUUACAGUAGCUUCUGUAAAGAAUUUCCAACUCGUGGCCACUGUUGAUCCUUCUCUCAACGUACCAGCUGCUGAACAAGAAAAAGUAAUUUUGCAGUUUGGAAAGAUCGGAAAAGACAUCUUCACCAUGGACUAUUGCUACCCUCUAUCUGCCUUCCAAGCUUUUGCAAUUAGCUUGAGCAGCUUUGACACUAAACCUGCCUGUGAAUGA